AUGGAUGGGGAUCUCAGCCUAUCCCAAUCGUUAGGGGGGCUCCGCAUCGCAAAUCCCGAUGAUUCUUCCUUACAUUCGUCCGAAGAUGCUGCAACAACGCCCGCUGCCAGUGCUGCAGAUGUAACGGAACCCGAGCUGGUGCGCGAACCUACCAUCGUCUCCGAACGACCGGCCAGUUCUCUAUCGACAACUCCCCCCCGACCGUCUGCUCCUGCCUCCACGACAGAUCUGCAAGACACCCUCACCUCCCCCUCAGUCGAGCCCGCAAUCAAGCCGCGAGACAACCGGAGCUCCCUCUACAAUCCCUACUCUGACCUCCCGCAGCAGACGAGUCCUCAAUACACUCCUUACGCGUCGUCCUCACAAUCACACCCUGCUCCGCAGUCCUCCCGGCCUAUGUCCGCCUUCUACGCGAACGGAUCCACAUCAACACUGGCAGCUGCUCGGGAGGGUUCCUAUCGUAUUCGUACCGAUUCCGCGGCCUCCUCCGCCUCCGAAAGUCAAGCACGUGCGGAAUCUCGCGGUGGUUCCGCGGCUUUUCAGGCCGGUGUUCCCGUCCGCGACAAUAACCACAAUGAUCGCUCAUAUCGAACCGCCCAGUUGCCGCCAACCAACGGUCCCAUGAUCAUGCGUCAAACUUCCAGGGCUCACGCGCGGGGUGGAGCGACGCCACAGAUGGGAGGCUCUCCGUAUGCCAUGGAGAAUGGCCCCGGUGCGAGCAGCGAGGACUGGCAGGACCGUGGUGCAGCGGUCGCCGUGAGGCAAGAGAUUGACGCCAACGGCAAGCCGGUUGCGCGUUACAUCAAGAAGGGCGUCCGGGACUUUUCUUUUGCUCACACACUGGGCGAGGGCUCGUACAGUACCGUCGUCCUGGGAACCGACCGGCAAACUCUGAAGGAGUAUGCCAUCAAGAUUCUGGAUAAGCGACACAUCAUCAAGGAGAAGAAGGUGAAAUACGUGAACAUCGAGAAGGACACCCUCAACCGGCUUACCGAACACCCGGGCAUUGUCCGACUAUAUUACACGUUUCAGGAUGAGCGCUCGUUAUAUUUUGUGCUGGAUCUCUGCAAAGGAGGCGAGUUGCUGGGCGUGUUGAAGCGCAUGACCACCUUCGACGAGGAGUGUACACGGUUCUAUGGUGCUCAGAUUCUAGACACAAUAGACUACAUGCAUAAACGCGGUGUGAUUCACCGGGAUCUCAAGCCGGAAAACGUUCUCCUCGACAGUCAGAUGCACAUCAAAAUCACCGAUUUCGGAACAGCCAAGAUCCUCAAGAGUCAACGGAAACCGCAGAACUCCAGCGGGAUGCCCCCGCUAGACUCUACCGAAAUCCCGGAGGACGAACGAGCCAGCUCGUUCGUGGGCACAGCAGAAUAUGUAAGCCCGGAACUUCUGACGGAUAAGAAUGCCUGCAAGGCCAGCGAUCUCUGGGCCUUUGGCUGCAUCAUUUUCCAGCUUUUAGCGGGUCGGCCUCCCUUCAAAGCCGGGAACGAAUAUCAGACGUUUCAGAAGAUCGUUGCGCUCGAUUACGACUUCCCUACCGGCUUCCCUGCCGUCGCCCGCGAUCUCGUUGAACGCCUUCUUGUUUUGGAUCCAGCCCGUCGUUUGCCCAUCGAGCAUAUCAAGAACCAUGAGUUCUUCCAGGGAAUUACAUGGGGCCCGGAUUUAUGGAAGCGCAAGGCGCCUCGUCUGAAGGCGUAUGUUCCACCGCCGCGUGAGCCGAUCAAGCUGAACGGCGGCGGUGGUGGUGGUGAAGGCUAUGCCUCCAGCGCUAACCCGGCUGCCUCGAGCACUAAUGUCAGUUCACGUGUGGUGCCCCGACUGGUAACCGAACUACCACCUCCCAGUCAACUGGACAUCGAAUGGUCCCCAGUCUUGACCAAAACCAACGAGCGAAUUUUGAAACUCGGUAACCUGGUGGUUCUAUCAUCCCCAGCAGCCCACAGUCCCGUCUCGAAACAUGGGGGCGAGUACGAAGCACCCCGGAAAUUCUCCCGCUUCUUUGGCGGCAGCACCACCAAGAAGCGGCAGCGCUUGGUGAUGGUUACUUCAUCUGGGCGCAUCAUCAUGGCUGCAUCUGGAGGGGACGAGAAGAAGGCGAAACUGGAGCUUUCCCUCCUGACCCCAGGCACGUCAUAUCGAACGUCGACGGAUUCCAAGGGAUUCUCGUGCUGGGUGGUGGAUACGCGCGACAAACACUUUGUCUUUGAGGAUCCGAAGCCCUCGUCCAGCAACAUGGGCGCCACCGCCGUAUCGGCCCAGGAGUGGCUCGAUAGCCUAGACCGCGCGCGGGAAAUGGCCCUGUCUCAGCAGGGCAACGGCUCUUAUUCUGAUGACGCCUUCCGCGAUCUGUCCUCCGGACUGUCGAGCCAUGCCAAUACUCUUGACCGCAGCUCUGAGAUUCAGAACGAGAGUGCUCCCGCGGGACGAGCCACAUUGGUCAAGCACCAGAACACAGACACAGAGUCCGUCAAAGGCAAGAAGCGAUUCAGUCGCCGUCACUCCAAGAAUGGUCUGGCAGCAGUCUUCUAA